AUGAAUAAGAUGCUGUCAAACAGAUUUCCCUAUAUAGCAGUCAAUAAUAAAAAUUAUCAAAAGAUAUGCAAGAUUCACACAACUUCAUUCAGCCGAGCUUCAUUUAAAGCAGGUGAUAAAAUAAGGAUACAAAAGACCUUAACUCAAAAAGAUCUGGAUACAUUCUCGAAUCUCACGAGUGAUCACAAUUACCUUCACAAAAAUAGUGGGAAUAAACGGCCAAUUGUUCAUGGAGCAUUUUUAAAUGGUUUGGUAGCAGGGUUGAUCGGUACUCACUUACCAGGACCAGGGACAGUUCUAGUUUCACAGACUAUGAAAUUUCCUAACAAGUGUUUUGUUGGCGAGAAACUGACCAUAAGUGUUGAACUUGUGGAUGUCAGAAAAAUCCUGAAAGUGAAGUUUUUCUGUAUUGUCGAGGAAGAGAAAAAGGUUGUGUUUGAAGGUGAGGCCAAAUUAAUGUUGGCCAAAGACUGUUGAGAUUAUUUAUACACAUAAUUUAUGUUUUUUACCAUAAAAUUACUAGGUAUAAGUUUUAUUUUAUAUACAAAUCUGCUUUGAAUAUAUGCUAAUUCUAUGUUAGUGUAAGCUAAGAUGUCUUUGUGAAUAUAUUGCUGUGUUUUGAAGUGACAAUUUUGCAAGAGAACAAAAUUCAUUUAAAAAAGCAAUUUAUAUUAAAAAUAUUUAAAAUUGUUCACUGUCCAUUAUGUACAAUAUUAUAGUCAAUAACCUCUCGAGACUGAUAGCCUUUAGAAUAUUAUUUAUUUAAUAAUACAAUGAAAAAUAUAAUAUUGAUUUAACUGUGUCCAAAUAAAUUUCUUGUGUAUUAAUAAUUGUUAUUCUUAAAUGAGAAAAAUCAUUCAGUUCAGUUUUUACAAAACGAAAUUGCUGGCAGGAUUGAUGAAAUGCUACUUGUUAAUUCUAGAAUAUAAGAUGGUGAUCCAGUCUAAGUAGGAUUUUCAUUUCUAGUGAUAGAUUUUCUAAUAAUUAGAAUUAAAGAUACAUUUAGUAUUUGCUCAGGUUUGUAGGUUCUUGGUUUUCAAUUUUUGUAGUGUAGUUCAUUUUGUAAUUCAGAAAAAAUAUUGGUCUUUACAUUAUAAUAAGGAUAUAGUGUAGGAUUAUGGUAGGAGCAAGCAAAAUAUUGCUUUACCACAAUCAAUUAGUUAGGGUUAAACUUUUAAAAACAAGAUUCUGUGAUUAAAUAUUCCUAAAUUAUCAAUAAUUAACAUUUAUCUAUUGCACCAUGUUAUUAUAAUUUGGGGGAUUCUUAUUUAAAGUCUAAAAACCACAUUCAAUAUUGUUUGGUAUAGAAUAUACCUAAAUUAAUUUUGAUUGCUUGCAAUUAGAAUGAAAUGCAAGUGAAGUAGAAAGUAAUAAAGAUCUUUAAAGAGUAAUAAUAAUUAAUUUAUCGAUGUAAUUAUAUUUUUAGGAAAUAAGCAAAGCAACACUUUGUCAGCUUUUAGCAGCGCUAUUUGCUAAGCGCGCAAAUUGUUUUCAGCGCUGAUGCAGUGUCACCUUUCCACUUUUAUCGAAUUCAAAAACCGGUCAAGUGCGAGUCGGACGGACACAAAAGGUUCCGUCCCUUCAUACAAAAUGUAACUAUAUCUACUUUUAAUUUUUUUUAAUUUGCAUGGCGGGCAUUUUGAAUUUCGUCAUUUUUAUUAUUAUUUGUUAUAGUGCCAAUAUCAUAAUACGCUGUGAAAAUUGCAGCUCUACCAGUUACGGUUCAUGAUAUACAGCCCGCAAACAGACAAACGGAUGGACAGUGGAGGUUAAUUAGGUCCCGUUGCCACUCUUCGAGUAUAGAUCACUAAUAACGAACGACGCCAGCGUAUUAGAAAAUAACUCUUGAUAAUAGGUUUGUUUUUGGAGAUAAAGCUCUUGUGGCAAAUCUUUUAUGAAUUUGUCUUGUGAACUACCGAGAUUUGGUCCCAGUGUGCCUCAGUCGUCAAAGAAAGCAUUGUUUAUUGUUAUUUAUUUACGCUAAAUCUUUCCUUGUGAUGGUGUGUUCCUUUGUAUGUAUGUGUUUGUUACGGCCAUUACAAUAAUAACAAUACAGUAUUGUUUCCCAGCAUUCAUUAAAUGAUUCAUUUAUAAAAUGA